GAUCUGUACAUAAUACUUGGCCAAAAUGGCUCCUUCAAACAUCAAUCAGGCUUUCGUUUUACAUCCGGGUGGCAAAUUCGAUUAUGAAGAGCGUGUGAUACCCAAUCUUCAGACGGAUCGCGACGUUAUCGUCCAGGUUAUCGUGACAGGUCUUUGUGGCUCUGAUAUCCACUAUUGGCAGCAUGGCCGCAUAGGACGGUAUGUGGUGGAAGCCCCCAUCGUCCUUGGCCAUGAGUCCGCCGGCAUUGUAGUGGAAUGCGGAAGCAAAUCAGGCUUCACUGUCGGUGAUCGCGUGGCCCUGGAGCCCGGCAUUGCUUGCAAUACCUGCCAGCAUUGCCGCGCAGGCAGAUACAAUCUUUGUAGCGCAAUGCGUUUUGCCGCUACACCACCCUAUGAUGGCACCCUGGCGACCUACUACCGUCUUCCUGCAGAAUGCUGCUACAAGCUGCCGGCACAUGUGUCACUGCAACACGGAGCACUGGUCGAACCACUCAGUGUGGCGGUACACAGCUGUCGCCUGGCAGGAGAUAUGCAGCAAAAGUCGGUCGUUGUCUUCGGCGCUGGUCCUGUUGGCUUGCUCUGCGCAGCCGUUGCACGCGCAUUCGGUGCGUCAACAGUCGUGAUUGUAGACAUCAACUCCGACCGACUUAGCGUGGCACAAACGUACGGAGCCACGCACACGUAUAAGAUGAGCGCCGAUUCCCCCGAGCACAAUGCCGCCAGAAUCUUGGAAGAAUCAGAGCUGGAUGCUGGAGCUCAUAUCGUACUGGAUGCCACUGGCGCUGAGCCUUGUAUGAAUUGUGGUAUUUCAGCCCUUGCGCAGGGUGGAACAUUUGUUCAGGUCGGCUUGGGCAAACCGAACCCCUCACUGCCGGUCGGUCAAAUUUGUGAUAAAGAGGCCAUUUUCAGGGGGUGUUUUCGGUAUGGUCCAGGAGAUUAUCGAACAGCUAUUGGGCUGCUAUCGUCGGGUCGGGUUGUCCUAGAGGGCCUUGUUACCCAUGAGUUUCCUUUCACACAUGCGAAAGAGGCAUUCAAGAACGUCGGCAACCGACAGGGUAUCAAGACUGUCAUCUAUGGACCCGGUGCAGAUGAGAAUACAGCGAAAGCAACCACGGCAUAAAAAAAGUCAAUCUCCUCUCAUUGUUCUGUAUUAGUAAACUGUAAGACGCUUUGCGUGUUAAAUAGAUUUGCUAGCUUCAUGGUUCCGCUCCGGCCCAUGACAUGUCCCAUAGCCAGUACAGUCCAUUGUCACCAAAGGCAUCUGAGGCGAUAUCUGGAACUUCCAAGGGAAAGCUAGUGUCAUUCCAGUUAUUCUCGAACGACCCAUGCCACGAGUUUUCAGCUGGGGCGUGCUCGUGAGUAUCAGGCAGCUGUUCUUGACUGUCUCUUGCGCCGUGUGUGUCCUGGAGGCUACCAUCCCUGCCAGAAGGAAUAACUAAUGGAUUAAAAUACAAUCAGCGUCACUGAACAUACCAUAGG